AUGGUGCGACUCGGAAUUGCAUCUACACUCAACGAGCGUUGUGCGCGUGAGCCGCGGGAGCCUCACGUGCAGCUGGACCUGUCUCUAGGCGCUCGUGCGGUGGACGGUUGGGGGCGCGCGCACGGCUCCCAGUUGGAGCCAGGAAAUCGUUUCCCGUUUCGUUCCGUGAAGUUUGCGUCGGAGCAACGGAAAGGGAGACACAAACAUAUAGCACAUUUAGCUAACCGCGAGGACGACCGUCGGAGCCUGUGGGGGAGCAGUGCUACAGGCCCAGCGGCUCCUGGACCUGGGCCCCGGCAGAGGCCCCUCGCUCGGGCAGGCCAUGCAGUGCCCCGCGGAGGUCACCAGGUGGCGCUCGGAGUCUUAAAAACCACCCCAAAGCAUGAGGCUUCCACCCCCCAUGCUGCACAAAGAGGAUCGGGAGAACGCUCUGUGUUAAACUCACCGCUGGAAGAAGACCUUUUGACUCUUUCAGACUUUGGUGAAGGAAAACAACGUUGGAGAAGAAUUGUGAUUCGUGGCGUGAGCAGCAGGAGGUCCUUCAGAGACGUGAGUCUGAGAAACACCGUCCACAAUCAGACCAGAAACAAACAUGACAUUAGAGACGUGGAAUCUCAGGAUAAAUAUCUACAUUAUUUCUGA